AUGCCCCAGCACCCGUUUUCUUCUGCGGUGCUGCUGCUCGUGUUGAUGUGCUGCGGCAGCGGUGAGGCUGCCAGCACCCCCGGUGAGAGCACGUCAAACAAGGUUGAACUCUUCACACCGGGGACAGUACAGUCGACGGCUGCUUCAGGACAGACAGAUACAACCACAUCUUUAACCGUUUCUUCAUACUUCGGUCACUCCCUUGUUGACGUGAAGGGUGUGCUGGUUGCUCUUGCCGUCGGUAAAUAUACCGGCAGCAGCGGCAAUGGUGACGCGGAUGCUGGCAUUUGGGCGAAAUACAAGACGUACGGAACAGGGCGCAACGUGGGACAGGGCGUCGCGGAGCAAGUCCAGCAGUGGGGGACGCAGCAGCUUGUGAGCAAAGAAUUGAAGGAAGAGGACCCACAUGCCCCGCCGUUCGGCCCCAAGGCUCUGGUGAAGGACAAUAAAAUAUUUCUUUUGGUGUCCAGCGUCUCCUCGACGGGAGCUUCUUCACAAAGUGGAGCUGACAGGGGACUUGCGCUGAUUGUUGGUAGCGCUGGGACGGCCGAGGCGACGCAACAAGUCACGUGGGAGAAUCCCCAAUCGUUGAAGACAACGCUUGACGCACAGAUGCAGAAGAACUCGUGGGAGGAGGUGGAACCCGCUCCGGGCGCCAGAGGCGUUGUGGUUGGAGGCAACACGAUUCUCUUCCCUCUUGUGGCUACCGGAGACCCCGUUGAUGCCGAAGAGGAAAUAAGGGCCUGCACCGUCAUGUACUCCGACGACAAUGGGAGCAGCUGGAACUUUCCUGCGGCGCCUGUGCGUCCAAAGGACUGCGACAGUGUCACGCUUCUUGAGUGGGCGGGGAAAGUUUUCAUGGCCACUUCAGUAUCUCCUUCGUGGCAGCGCCGGGUGUACGAAUCCAGCGACAAGGGGAAGACGUGGAAAGAGGCUGCCGGGUCCUUCGCACGCCUGUUGAGCCAAUCGGGUGUACUACCGAUGCUCUACGGCCCGGUGGAGCUCACGACUGCAACCGUUGCGGACAAGCGUGUGCUGCUGUUUACGCAGAUGUCGUCCAGUCGUACCGCACCAGGAGACAACGGCGGAAGAGGCACGUUCCGCAGAGUAAUCCACCUGUGGCUCUCCGACGGUGCCCGGACCCACGACGUUGGGCCAAUAUCUGCGGAUGAUGCAGGCGAAGCCCUUUUUAGCUCGUUGCUGUACACAAACGAUGAGUUGUUUGCCCUCUACGCGAAGGUGGGUGAGAGUGGAAGCUCACAGAGUCUUGUUUUUUGCGCGCCUCCCCAGAGCAGCUGCAGAGCAUAA